CUAACUAAGUAGAAGAAAAAAACACUUUACAGGUGUUCGGUUUUUUAUCAAAAUGGUUUUGGUUAAAAGUUUAUAAUUCAUUCAAAAAUCUUAUUCUUAGAGCUUUAUAAAUAUAGUGAUAGUAUUUAGAUGUUAAAAUAACUCAAGCAAAACCGGGAUUAACUUAUUUAUCAAUUUACAGUUAGACGCGUAACACGUAUUUUGUGCAUCGAACUCAAGCAUUGAAUUAGGCCACAUAGCGAUCUCUCCCUAAAAUACCGCUGUUCUGGUUGUCGACGUAUCAAGCUAAUUUUUGGAAGGCGGGAGAGUGAUGAUCAGAAAGUCCACUACCUGGUAAUGUGAUGUCAUUAAAAGCGGAACCAGAGGCCGAUUCCGGCACCGUGUCACCGAAUUUAUCUGCAGUCAAAAAUGAACCGGUGGCCACCAACAGCAAAGAGACUCCAAAAAGGGGUGGUACAUUACUAAAAUGUACCACAUGCAAUAGCUUUAGUACAUUGAGUAGUCGAGCACUGACCACCCACAUGGCGCAAUGCUCGCCGGACAACAACAACGUGGCGGCGGCGCAGAACGCCGACCCCAGGCCUCACAGAAAGCUGUUCGAGUGCGACGUGUGCAACAUGAAGUUCUCGAAUGGCGCCAAUAUGCGCCGGCAUAAAAUGCGGCAUACUGGAGUCAAACCUUACGAAUGUCGUGUUUGCCAAAAAAGAUUCUUUAGAAAAGAUCACUUGGCAGAACAUUUCACAACCCACACAAAGAGCUUGCCGUAUCAUUGCCCAAUCUGCAACAGAGGAUUUCAGCGCCAAAUUGCCAUGCGCGCGCAUUUCCAAAACGAACACGUUGGACAGCAUGACCUCGUUAAAACUUGCCCCCUGUGUAGUUAUCGUGCUCCUACCAUGAAAAGCCUGAGGGUUCACUUCUUCAACAGACACGGUAUCGAUUUGGACAACCCUGGCCCCGGAAAUAAUUCUUCAGUGUCUCUUCUCGCUGCGGGAAUCGCCAAUGCCGCAUACUCCGACGGCACCAUGGACCCUAGUGCUAUAAACGCUCUUGGUGCGUUAGGUUCCAGCCUGUCAGUGUCAGUCGCCGCCACAUACUCUGACAGUGGCGACAGCAAUGGAGCGCGGUCUGUCGACAAUGCAACACCACCUAUGCACUACUUGACCCCUCACGUCGAGAUUUCUAUGGCUGACAAUAAUGAAACGUUUUCACCAGGCCAAAAUCACUUGGGCAACAAUGAAUCCCGCAUGAACGGCGAAGGACCUAGUUCACCUCAAUCGGGUGAUAGCGCAAUCGCAAGCAGCUCAUUAUCGGCUGGACUGCCGACUAACAUUACUCCGUCCAUCACAUUGAUACCUAUUAAGCAGGAAAUCAACAAUCAAGAGGAAUCUGGCAGUAACGAAAUGCGAGAAGGCGAAACUAAUGGUGGCGAUAAACGAGGCGUAUCCUCGAGCCUGUCAUCUCUAAUCAAGGUGUCACCGCUAAAAAGUUUAUUAAGAGAAGAUUUGCGCCGGCGCAUCUCUGCUCGUGGACGCGCUCGUGGCUCCAGCGCCUCCCGAGCCUCGCCUUCCGAGGGUGGUGUGAUCACGUCGACGCACGGGGACGCCGCCAUGCUGCCUUCAUCACUCGUAUGUACGUUUUGCUCUAUAACGUUCCCGGACUCCACACUUUACUUCCUCCACAAGGGCUGCCACUGCGACUCCAACCCGUGGAAGUGCAACAUCUGCGGCGAGCAGUGUUGCAACGUGUACGAGUUCAACUCCCACCUGCUGAGCAAGAGCCAUCAAUGACUGUUUGCAGGGGGGCCGUUCGAUCACUGACUUUAAAGUUUGUUGAUGCACUUCUCGUAUGCUAUGUGUGCAUACUCCGCAAGCACUUCGAAGAUACUUCACUUUAUAAUUUACAUAUUAACGGUUGUUAGAUACAUAGUUUCUCUGAUCUUAUUCUGUGUGUGUACUACUAUAACUACAUUCCUACUUUCUAUCAGGCACUGUAUGUUGAAGUGCUUCGAAUAUGCUAUAUGCUGAACGUCCCCCGAAGCUAUUUUUAUGUUUAAAGUGCAAAUUAUGUCAAGGUAUAUUUAGUGGUUAAAAUAGGUAAUUGUGCGAAGAUAUUUAUAUGGAUAUUUUAGUCAAUCAAUCAACUCAGCCUGUAGCGGUUAUUAAUAAGACUUAUUGAAUAAGCUGAACUUCAGCGUGAAUUGUUGACAUUCCAAAUUACGACGUAUACAUUCCAGUUCGUGAGAUUGACGAGAAUUAAGCAGUCUUUGGUGGGGAAUAAACGACUACCUACUCAAAUUAAUUAUCUUAAAAAUAUAUUUUAUUUAUUUGUCUUCUGUACUUAACUGUACAUUACCGUGAUUUUUUUAAAUCAAAUUUAGAGUAUUUUGGUGCGAUAGUGAAUUUUACAAAUGUUUUUAAAAUAAAACUUAUGGUGAAGAGUGUACAAAUUAAUAUAUAUUUUUACAUUUCGCUGUUGAGAAGUUAUAGAAAGGCAAAGCCUAUAAUAAUCCGUGAUGGUUUAAUUAUUGUGAUUGUGUACAGACAGGAAUUAUAAAUUCUACAUUCCAUUUUUAUUUAUGUUUCCUUUUAUGAAAUGCAUGUGAUGCAAGUCCACGACUAAUACUUAAUGUACAAUUUAAAUUAUUUUGUUGUUAUUAUUUAUUUUUUUCUAAAAUACAUAUACAUAUUUAGAAUUAUAAAUUUCAUUAUGUACUUAAAAAGUCAAUGUACUAUAAUUAUUAUUAACGAGCACUUUCUGUUUCGAGUCCCUUUUAUGAUAAAAGAUACUAAUAAGAUAGUUGAUGAUGUUGUGAAUGUAAGACAACAUUUAUGACGAGUGGCUAAACUAAGCACACCUUGCUCAAUGAAGCUCAAGCACGGAGCAUGUUGGGUUUUGUACUCGCACAAACGCAUAAUAACGUUAGUUUCACGUUUUAUAGAUUGGAAUACUCCACAGAAAGAUGCAUGUGCUUUUAUUGGUGCCUGUAAAUCAUAGAUUCGUCGUUUCUUAAUGUAUCAACAUAAUUGCAAACAGGCAGAUUGGUUAACUAUCUUGAGUUCUAAGCUCCUUAUUUAUGCGUUAAUCAACAUAGUUUACGUUAAGAAAAAUGCUCAACUUUAUGAUGAACGAUUUUAUCAUCAUUUCGUAGCAAAUACUACUAAAUUAUAUUAAAGUUUAUAUAAUAAAAUAUUUUUCACUAUCUGACAAUUAUUAUGAUUCUAAAGAUGAUACAAAAUGGAAAUGAUUAAUAUCCAUACUAACGCAAUUAAGAAGAUAAGUGUCGUAUUUUUGUUUUUUAAAUAUUUAGAUGUUAAUUCUUAUGUUAGGUGCAUUCCUUGUACAAAAUAUUAGGACUUCAUAACAUUGGUGAAUCCGUUCCAUUCCUU